UCUGAGUUCUGACCCCUUCCGGCCGGCCUCCUCUUGCAAGGUUCCUGCGAGGCUGCGACGUCGGUCGCUCCGGCCGGUGCUGCUUCCGGAGCCGUUCUGAUUUUCGAAUCGACCGGCGGAGAUGUCAGGGUCGGGGUGCAGUCCAGCCCUCGGGGGAGCAACCAGCGACGAGGAUGCCAACACAUCGCCCCCACUGCAACCUCCGAACCCGAGCACGUCGCGGCGGCGGCUGCCGCCGUGGCACCCAGACUUCACGGGCCCGUACCGGCUGCCGGAGACCGAGUACCAUCCUUCAGAGCUUCAGCCACCGGCGCGCCGACGGCCGACGAGCGAGGGUGCAUCUGACUCCGCGAGGACGAAGAGGAGCAAGUCCGGGGCAUCGGAAUCGGAGUCAGAUCGUGAGACGUCUUCACAGGAGGAGCCGGGCUCAGGCUCAGACUCCUCGGCGCACAGCUCCCCGGCCCGUGAGCCGGAGAUGCCGCUCGUGCCAAUCUGGAGGAACUCCAAGGGGAAGUUGGUCUACGGCUUCACUGACGACAAGGCCGCUGUGGCCAAAUAUCGCCAGGAUUUACGCAACUCAACAAGAACAAUUACUGACGCUCAAGCUGCCUUCCAAGGCUCUGGUACCAACGAAUGCUACGGCAGUCCCAAGAACAAGGACAUGAUUUUAAACGCUGCCAAAUCUAUCCUGAGUCUUUCAGCCUAUCUUGAUGGCAAAGAGAUUAACCGGUGCACAGGCAUUGUUGUCAAUCGAGAUGAAGAUAAGAAAUCUCUUACUAUUCUCACCUCUGCCUGGCUUAUCUGCACUGAGAAACCAUCUAAUGAUUGGCUGGAUAAAGAAUAUGCUCCUCAAGCUAAGGUUAUUGUUCACCUACCGGAUGGCACAACCGUAGAUAGUCAAUUGAUGUACUUUAGCAAACAUUAUGACGUCGCCUUCUAUGAGAUUACAGGAGAUUUACACUUGCAUAGUUUACCAUUGGAAGGUAACUCGGAGUUCGGCCGUGAAGCAUUUGUGUUAGUAGCUAGGGAUACAAAUCUAGAUUUAAUCUACAGAGAAGCCAAGCUGGCAUCUGUAGGCCCUUGUGAAUUCCAACACAAUCAUUAUAAGUUCAUCACUUGUUCAAUUCCUAACAAGUGUGGAACUGGAGGUGGACUGUUGGAUUCUAAUGGGAAAAUUGUAGGGUUAUUAUCCUACACAUUUCCUCUUGUUGCUUUUAUUCCAAGCUCUCUUAUAAUGAAGUGUUCAGCAUUGUUGAGAAAAUUAGGGAAAAUUGUGCGACCCCAGCUUGGACUAAAGCUAAAGACGUUGGACUUAUUAGGCAUGUCGUGUAUUGAGCAGUUGUCACAUAAUUUCAACAUCUCCUCUGGUCUUGUAGUAAGAGAGGUUUCAGCAGGAUGUGUUGCUGAGAGGCUUGGCAUUAGAGUGGGGGAUGUUAUUUUAUCAUGUCAAGGAGAGAGUGUUUCAAGUAUAGCUCAGUUCGAAGAUAUACUGCUACGUGUUGGUGAGGAACAUCUUGAGAAGAGCAAUGAUCUUACGUGCAAAGUUGAUGUGCAGGUCGGAGUAUUUAAUACUCGCAAAUGUACAAGGAAACUUGUUACUUUGAAAGUGAAGUUAUCUGAUGGGGUUGAAGUCUUCCGCUAAGGCACAUAGACAUAUUAUGUGGACAGAAGUCUAAUCAUUAAAAGAUGGGCGGAAGUAUUGUAUGGAAGCGAAUAAAAAAUUGCAUAGAGAAUGGUAUUCUUCACGCAACAUGGUUGUGCAGCCUAUAUCAUUAUGAUAGAAUACCCUUUCUUCAAUGUUGCCCCUUAAUUUAGUUACGUUCUUAAAUGUAGUCAAGGUACCUCAUCGUGUUCUAUGGAUUUAUUUGGGUAGAACUCUUAACAAUAUUUUUGUAAUCCUAUAUCAUUAUAAUAUCUAAGGACAUCUCCAAUGGCAACC